AUGUCCACAGACAUUCUCCGGCCAGCAAUUCUGAUUAUCUCAGACACAGCCUCUAUCAACCCUCAAAGUGACAAGACCGGCCCGAUUCUGACGGAGAUAUUUACAUCACCUCAACAUUCCAAGACGUGGUCAUCACCUAUUGUCAAGAUUGUUCCGGAUGAUUUUGAUCGGAUUCAAAACGCAGUCAAAGAAUGGGCUGAUAAUCAGGAAGAUGGCUUCAAUUUGAUCCUGACUAGUGGUGGGACGGGGUUUGCUGUUAGGGAUGGGACGCCUGAGGCAGUCUCCCCUCUGAUUCAUCGUCAUGCGCCGGGACUUAUACACGGCAUGAUAGCCGCAUCUCUGAAAGUGACUCCAUUCGCCAUGAUGGCGCGUCCUGUGGCAGGUACACGGAAUGCAUCCCUAGUCAUCACACUCCCAGGAUCACCCAAAGGUGCCAAAGAGAACCUUGAAGCUGUCAUCAAUCUUCUCCCGCACGCUUGCAUCCAAGCAGCUGGUGCAGACUCACGUUCAAUCCACGCAAAAGGAAUCAAGAAACUCGAACAGGAUGCCGGCCUGUUGUCCACAGGUACAGAGUCCACAACGGCAAAAGAUCACAGCCAUAAUAAUCACCACCACCAUCAUCACCAUCAUCACCACGACCACGGACACGCAGUCCCAAAAGCGCAUACUUCACCAGAAGAUCGGCCACAAUCAAAUGACCCCAAUGCCGGGCCUACCAGGCGAUAUCGUUCUUCGCCCUAUCCGAUGCUUUCAGUGGACGAAGCACUUAAAAUCAUUGCGAAAGAAACGCCCGAACCUACAAUUAUAGAAGCACCAGUUACCACCGACCUCGUAGGCUCAGUCCUCGCCGAAGAUGUCUAUGCCAGUGAAGCCGUACCGGCCUAUCGAGCAAGUAUCGUCGAUGGAUACGCAAUCAUUGUCCCGGACGACAGCACCCCAGGCCCCAGAACAAAGGGCGUUUUUCCGGUGGCUUCUGUGUCGCAUGCCCAAGCAUCAUCUAUGCCUCCACCCCUUGAACCCGGCAACAUCGCACGGAUAACUACAGGUGCACCUCUCCCACCAAACGCUAAUGCAGUAGUCAUGGUCGAAGACACUAUUCUCGCCUCAACAACCCCGGAUGGAAAAGAAGAAGCAGCAGUUGAGAUCCUAACCGACGAUGUAAAAAUCGGCGAGAACGUGCGAGACCCGGGUAGUGACGUGACCAAGGGCUCCAAAAUCCUGUCUAGGGGAGACUUGAUAUCUGCUAUUGGCGGCGAAAUCGGCCUGCUCGCUUCAACGGGUACCAAAACCGUGAAAAUCUUCAAGAAACCCACCGUUGGCGUGAUGAGUACCGGCGACGAACUUGUCCCGCACGACGAUCCAAGUGCUUUACAUGGUGGUCAAAUCCGCGACUCGAAUCGACCAUCUCUAAUCUCGUGUCUGCGUGCCUGGGGCUUUGAGACGGUCGACCUGGGAAUAGCCCGCGACACACCGGCCGGCGAACUCGAGAAUGCUCUUCGCGGCGCAUUACGCGGAAUAUCAGUUUCCCAGCCCGCGGUAGACGUCAUCAUCACAACGGGUGGAGUAUCAAUGGGAGAAUUAGAUCUACUCAAACCAACAAUUGAGCGUACCCUAGGCGGUACUAUACAUUUCGGUAGAGUGUCUAUGAAGCCCGGUAAACCGACUACAUUUGCAAGCGUGCCGUACAAACCAUCAUCCUCACCGAUAGCAUCAUCUGAGCAGCAGCAGCAGCAGCAAGAACGCGAACGGAGACUCAUAUUCUCCUUACCCGGCAACCCAGCCUCGGCCCUAGUAACAUUAAACCUCUUCGUCCUCCCAUCUCUGCACAAAUUAAUGGGUCUAUCAACCCGAAACACGCCCACAACUCCGCCUGGUUCAGGAUUGGGUCUCCCUUUAAUAACCGCAACACUGACACAUUCCAUCAAACUCGACCCCAAACGCACGGAAUAUCAUCGCGCUAUUGUGACUGCGUCACGGCGCGAUGGGAGACUUUAUGCGACUAGUACAGGAACAGCGGGUGUUGGGCAGCGGAGUUCGAGGGUGGGGAGUCUUGCGAAGGCGAAUGCGUUGUUGGUUUUGUAUCCUGGUCUGGGGGUGGUUGGUGAUGGACAGGUUGUUGAGGCGUUGUUGAUGGGGCCGUUGAUGGCGGAGGAUUAG